GUGAUAUAAUACUUUUAUCGCUAAUUUGAUUUAAGCCACUUUGAUUCCGUUUCUAAUAAUUCAGUCUAAUUUCAAAAGUUAAUGAAGUGUCUUCAAAAAGAGUAUAACGUUAUAACCCAACAAAAGUAACAUUUUGAAGCCAUGAAGAAAUUACAGACUAUUGAAUUCUCUCUGGGCGAUACCCUACAUACAGUUAAUUCCACCGAUGUUGGCCCCGAAAUGACCCUCAACCAGUAUCUUCGUGAGAAAGUUUUUCUCACUGGAACAAAAAAAAUGUGUUAUGAAGGAGGAUGUGGAUCAUGUCUAGUUGCAGUGGAGGAAAAUGUGAAUAACAAGAAAAACAUAUUUGUUGUUAAUUCAUGUCUCGUGUCUAUUCUCUCCUGCCAUGGUUGGAAAAUUCAUACAAAUGAAGGAAUAGGUAAUCCACUCAUAGGUUUCCACCCCAUACAAAAACUUUUGGCAGAUAACGAUGGAACCCAGUGUGGAUUUUGUUCAACUGGUAUGGUUAUGAAUAUGUUCGCGUUGCAUGAAUCAGGUCCGAAAACCAUGUGGGAAAUUGAAAACUCGUUUGGAGGAAAUUUAUGCCGUUGCACCGGUUACAGACCUAUAAUGACUGCUUUCAAGAAACUUGCAUCCGAUGCUGAUACUAUUAGCGAUAUUGAGGAGCUGAAACCUUGUCAAAAGAGUGAAUGCUCCAAAAAAUGUGAUAAAGUUUGCCAGAAAGCGAAAUUGGAAAAUCUCUCUAUUGAACUUGGAGAUAGAAAAUGGCUGAAAGUUCAUAACCUGAAAGAUCUUUUGCAAAUCAUGAGGAUGCCUGAAAACUCAAAUUAUAGGCUUGUGGCCGGUAAUACAGCAAGAGGUGUGUACAAAAACGAUCCCCUUCCCAACACCUACAUUGAUGUAACCGGUGUUGUUGAGCUUAUCAAUUAUUCUGUGGAUAACAACACUUUAACACUUGGAGGAAAUAUUUCUUUAACGAAAGCAAUGGAUAUUUUUCAAGAAAUUUCAAGUCAGAAAACACAGUUCUCAUAUUUAUCGGUACUGAGAGACCACAUCGAUCUGAUAGCAAGUGUUCCAGUGAGAAAUAUUGGAAGUUUGGCUGGGAAUUUGAUGAUCAAGAACAGACACAACGACUUUCCAUCUGAUGUGUUUUUGAUAUUGGAGACUUUUAAUGCUAUCUUAGUAAUAGUUGAUGUUGAUGAUAAUGAAACACUGGCUACUCCAAAGGACUUUGUCAAAAUGGACAUGAAUAAAAAAGUUAUUAAAAGUAUUGUUUUGAAUGCCCUACCCACGGACAGAAAUUUUAAAUAUCUGAGCUAUAAGAUCAUGCCAAGGGCUCAAAACGCUCAUGCUAUGGUGAACGCUGGAUUUCUGUUAGAGCUGACUAACAACAACACGGUAAAAUCAGCGCGUAUAGUAUAUGGAGGGAUAAACGCCCAAUUUAUUCAUGCGGUCAAUACAGAAAAUCUCAUCAAAGGACAGAUACUAUUUGACAACAAUUUAUUACGUAGAGCAUAUAAGUCACUGAAUCAGGAACUCCAACCAGAUCAUGUUGUAGGUGAUGCAUCUCCAGAAUACAGAAAGAAUCUGGCAAUUUCUCUAUUCUAUAAGUUCGUAUUGAAUAUCGCCCCAGAAACUGUAGUCUCAAGUAGAAAUAAAAGCGGAGGUACACUUCUUCAACGACCUGUCUCGACAGGAGUUCAAGAAUAUGGUACAAAUAAAAGUAAAUGGCCUCUCACGGAACCUGUUCACAAAGUUGAAGGUUUAGCUCAGACUUCAGGUAUCAAAUUGAACGGAGUAAUUGCCUUCUACGAUAAAUCCGACAUUCCUGGUAACAAUACUUACGAACCCAAAUCAAUGGGCGAGAAGAUAAAUCCUGUCCAAGAAGAACUUUUUUGUAGUGGAACAGUUCAAUAUUAUCACCAACCCGUUGGAAUAAUCGUUGCGAAUGACAAUAAUCUUGCUUGGAAAGCUGCAGGAUUGGUAAAAGUGAACUGUAGCCCACCCCAGAUCAGUCCAUUCCUCAAUGUGAAAGACGUUGUUAAUGAUAAUAUCAUGGAUAGGAUUUCUCAUAAAACCACAUUUUUACCAAAAAGCAAAGGGGAUGAUGUGAAGAAAGUGAUCAAGGGAGAAUUUUACAUCGGAUCACAAUAUCAUUUCCAUAUGGAACUUCAGUGUUGCAGUGUGAUACCUACUGAAGACGGCUUAGAUGUUUACCCUGCAACCCAAUGGAUGGAUUUCUGCCAAGUUGCCAUUAUGGAAGCUGUGAAAAUUCCUAUGAACAAGAUAAACGUUCACGUUCGUCGUCUUGGUGGAGCUUUCGGAGCAAAAAUAAUGAAAAACGCUUUACUUUCGACAGCAGCCGCUCUAGCAGCAGUCAAGCUCAAUGCACCAGUAAAAAUGUCGCUUCCUCUAGAAAAGAACAUGGAUAUUAUAGGAGGAAGAAUACCCCUCUAUGCAAAAUAUGAAGUGGGAGUGAAUGAUAAUGGCGUUAUCCAAUACUUGACCUCAGAUAUGUAUUCCGACGUUGGUAUAGGAGGAAACGAAAUUAUAUUUGAGUGGAUUAAUAAUUUAUUCGAAAACUGUUAUAAUAUAGACCGAUGGGAAUUCUCUACAUACUCUGUCAAAACGGAUAAUGCGGGUACGACUUGGGCCAGAGCCCCUGGGACACUGGAAGGUUUGGGGGCUAUCGAAAGUAUUAUGGAACAUAUAGCACGUGAACUCAAUUUGGAUCCAACGGUUGUUAAAUUGGCAAAUACUGACCAAUCAAAAUACUCCAAAAUUUUGACAUACUGGAAUGAUAUGAACACUUGGGCCGAUAUUGAAAAUAGAAAAAAAGCAAUAAAAAGCUAUAAUGACGCAAAUCGAUGGAAAAAAAGGGGAAUGUCUUUGGUUCCGAUGGUAUGGCCAUUUGAUGUUUUGGGUCAAUAUAGCGUCCUUGUUUCUGUUUUUCAUGGAGAUGGGGGAGUAGCAGUGUGUCAUGGAGGAAUCGAAAUUGGACAGGGUAUAAAUACCAAGGCUGCUCAGAUGUGUGCCUACAAGUUUGGAAUAAGUAUGGACCAAGUUACGAUUAAACCAAGUUACAACAUUAUUACUGCCAACAAUAUGACAACAGGUGGAAGUAUGACAUCCGAAGCAAUCUGUUACGCCAUUUCACUAGCUUGCGACGAAAUUUUAGCAAAAAUGAAGCCAAUCAGAGACCAGAUGAAGAAUCCGACAUGGGUGGAACUCGUCGAUAAGUGUUAUUUCAGCAACAUUGAUCUUACUUCAACUGGAUCUAUCGCGAGCAGUUCUCCGGCAGUAAAAUCGUACCAAAUUUUCGGAUUAUGUGCUACUGAAGUGGAGAUAGAUAUUUUAACCGGACAGAAACAGAUAUUACAAGUUGAUAUAAUUGAAGAUUUGGGUGACAGUGACAGCCCUCUGAUCGAUAUUGGUCAAGUAGAAGGUGCUUUUGUUAUGGGUAUUGGUUAUUACACCACGGAAGAACUUAUUCAUAAUUCAGAUGGAAAACUUAUAACUGAUCGUAGUUGGAAUUACAAACCUCCAGGGGCUAAGGACAUCCCAAUCAACUUCAGAGUUAAAUUUCCAGAAAACGAUCCUAACAAAGUGGGGCUCCUCAAGUCGAAAGCCGUUGCCGAGCCUCCAAUAUGCCUUUCUAUUGCUGUUCCUCUAGCUAUCCGAAGUGCCUUAGCAUCGGCUAGACACGAUGCAGACAGCAGCCAGUCGGCAUGGAUCCCUUUCAAUGGUACUACAACAGUGGAGGCAACUUUCCUUGCAUCUUUGAAUAAUUUCCAGCAGUACACGUUGUAAGGUAUAUACUCAUGAUUAAGUAAGAUUUCGACAGGUUCAAUUCUUGCAGUCGCUGAAGAAAGCAGGAAAAAAGUAAUAGAACCUCUAUGUAACUGUAUUUUGACUUAGGAAUUAAACAAAAAUAGCAAAA